GUCAUGAGAAAGAUUAGAACCCAAAUAGCUUGGUAGUUUAGUUCUUCCAUCCUCUAAUUCUCUUCGUCCUAAGUCUAAUUCUCUUCGUUCUAAAACAAUUCUUGGGCGGAAGGCAGUUUGAUUUAACCUUUUUGUCCGUCAUGUCUCAAACAACGAGACGUGAUGAAGGCGCAGAAGCAAAAGAUCGAGUAAGCGAUCUUUCCGACGACAUUCUGUAUCACGUCCUCUCGUCACUCCGCGACGCAAAACUCGUCGUCCAAACCAGCGUCCUCUCGAAGAGGUGGAGGUACUUGUGGAAAGACGUCGGCGUCCUCAAUCUCGACCAGAACUCCUUCUCCACGAGCGAGGGUUGCAGAACUUUCCUACGCAACUUUCUUCCCCUUCGGUCGAAACGCGCGACCGUCGGCGACAUGGAACUUAUCAGCUUCACGUUCAACUACACGAGAGCGGAAAUCAAACACGGUGUUCCUCUCAACCCGUAGGCGGACCACGAACCGUUCGAUAUGGUCAUGGGUCACGCGGCGGGUCGGACCGGCCGCCUGCGAGCUUUGUCCGUAACGCAUUCCGAAAUCAAACGCGGCGGAAGCGUGGCCGCGUCCAUCAAGCGACACGGGCAUCACGAGUCCCUCGAGUCCCUCGAGCUGGUCCGUUGCUUCCCCGUCGAGCUCCGCGUGAUUUCGGGCUUCAGAAUGCUGACCGCUCUGGAACCGCGUGAUUUCGAUUCGGAUAACGAUAUAUAACCCUCACAAAAUGCCUCCUGAUUGAGACAAUUGUCUGGUAAGAGAUAGGCAGGAAUGCUAAAUUACAUACUAAUAUUUGUUAUCAAUUGAAUGUAAAAUGAUCGAGUAACUAAGCCAACCCAAAGACAUGAACUACUAGCUAGCAAUGUGAUAUCUUGACAAUGAACAACCGUAUCUGAUAGGGAUGUGAGAUAUGAAAUUUUAUUUGUCGGUUAUAUGACGACUUGUCUCGUCAAAAUAUGUGAUGCUUAAAAGUUAAAACGAUUAACCCUUGAUGCAACAUGAGUCCAUGAAAGUUUUGGAGGUUGAAUUAAAGGGUAAGAUAAUA